AUGUCUCGUCAAAUGGCCUACAAAUGCAUUGAAGAAUGUGCAUUAGACAUUGUUAACACAAUCGACAGUCUGAUCGGCGAAACGUGUGCAGAAGAGAUUAUCGAAACACCCGAAAAAGAAUCAAACAAGACAGAACGUGUUAAAGAUGUACGCUUACCCACCUCAAUUAUACCCAUUGUGUACGAUGUAGAACUUCAGCCUUACAUCUAUGAAGGACCACCUGAGAAUUUCACUUUCGAUGGUUACGUUAAUAUUAACAUGAAGUGCUUGACUAACUGCACCAACAUCACUUUGCACAGUCACUUGUUAAAUAUCAACGAAAGCUCGGUAGAUUUAUCGUCAACAAAUAAUGCCAACGUACCGCAGGUCAAAGGCUUGGUCUUUGACAAAAAACGUCAGUUCCUCAUCUUUAAUCUCAGUGAGCCCUUGGAAAAUGGGCAGGAAUACAAUAUACGAAUGAAUUUCACAGGGAAGCUUCGAGAUGAUUUAAAUGGACUUUAUCGAAGUUCGUAUAAGCGAGGAAAUAAAACUAUAUAUAUAGCAACAACACAGUUCCAAGCUACAUUCGCCAGACAAGCUUUUCCAUGUUUUGAUGAACCUGCAAUCAAAGCCAAAUUUCGAGUGAUUCUAGUAAGGAAAGCACCAAUGAUCUCACUAUCCAAUAUGCCAAUAAUCCGUCAAGAUAAGAGAGACAACGAUUUUAUCGCUGACGUUUAUAACAUCACAUCAAAGAUGUCUACAUACCUGUUGGCCUUUAUUUAUCGCGUGUGGGCCAGACCAGAAGCAAUCGACCAGGCCAGACUUGCCCUAGAUAUUGGCAUUAAGGUCUUGGAAUACUUUGAAGACUAUUUUGGAGUACCGUUCCCUCUUCCAAAACAAGACAUGAUUGCAAUUCCUGAUUUUGCUGCCGGUGCCAUGGAGAACUGGGGUUUGAUAACCUAUAGAGAAACGGCUAUGCUUUACGAUCCGAAUGCAUCCUCUAUCAUGAACAAGCAAAGGGUUGCCGUUGUCGUUUCACAUGAACUUGCUCAUCAGUGGUUUGGUAACCUGGUGACCCCUCGUUGGUGGGAUGAUCUUUGGCUUAACGAAGGAUUUGCCAGUUAUGUGGAAUAUAUGGGAGUCAACUUUGUCUAUCCUAAAUGGAAGAUGUUCCAACAAUUUAUUUUCAAUGAACUGCAAGGUGUCAUGGAGACAGAUGGCUUAGCUUCCUCUCAUCCAGUCUACGAAACUGUGAAUAACCCAGAUGAAAUACAAGAAAUAUUCGACAGUAUUUCUUAUGCAAAAGGUGCCUCCGUCAUACGUAUGAUGAAGUUUUUCUUGGGUGAAGAGACUUUCAGAAAAGGGCUCAGGACCUAUCUGGAGAAACUGGCCUAUGGAGAAGCUUUCCAUGACGAUCUAUGGAAUGAAUUGGCAGAGCAAUCCAAAAAAGACGGCCGACCUCUUAAGAUUAAAGCUAUUAUGGAUACAUGGACUUUACAGAUGAACUAUCCUCUGGUAACCAUCCGGCGAACUGGUGAAAACCAGUUGACCGUAACCCAAGAAAGAUUCCUUGUUAAUCCAAAUUCAACUCAGAAAUAUAAUUCCACAUUUGGAUACAAAUGGCAAAUUCCUUUCGUGUACACAACAUCUAAAGAAUGGAAAUUCAAUAAGACCGCCGCUGAUGUUAUAUGGAUAGAUGACAAAGUCGAGCAGCCAACCAUAAUAGACAAAACACUUCCUAAGAUGUCAGAUAAGAAAGCCUGGAUUAUUGGAAACUGUAAACAAUAUGGCUACUACCGUAUGAACUAUGACAUAGAUAAUUGGGAGGCUUUAAUAGAACAGCUGAAUACUGACCAUAAGGUAAUUGAUGUAAUCAACCGUGCACAAAUAAUCGAUGACACCUGGAGUUUGGCCAAGGCUGAUAUGUUGGACAUAAAAAUCGCUCUGGGAACGCUGGAAUAUCUCGGUAAGGAAGAGGAGCUUGUACCAUGGGUUGCUGCUUCGUCACACUUAUAUUACAUAAGAACAGUUCUAACCCGCACUGGAGCCUACAGAGACCUGGCGUUAUUCAUACAGAGAUUGGUAACGGGACAUUAUCAUCGCAUUGGCUGGGAUAAUUCAGGCACCGAACACACCGAAACAAUUAUGCGUACAAUGAUUAUUAGAUUAGCUUGCCACUACAAUGUGAAAGGCUGUGCUGAAGAAGCUACUCGACAAUUUCAUUUGUGGAUGGAGAGGCCCGACCGCAAUCGAAUCGAUCCGAAUCUUCGGUUAAUUGUCUACUGCAAUGCCCUACGUAAAGGAGGCGCUCAAGAAUGGGACUUUGCCUAUGAACAGUACAAGAAGUCCAAUAUGGCUAGCGAGAAAGAUCGUUUACUUCGAGCAAUGUCUUGUUCGCAGGAACCGUGGAUAUUAAGCAGGUAACUGGAGGCAUUCGUGGCUUCACAAGGAGACUUGGGGUCAUCAAAAAGAGCCUAUCAGCAAGCAAUAGAAGAGACUAAGACCAACAUCAAGUGGAUGAAGAAGAACUUUAAGCCAGUAAAAGAAUGGUUGAAGAACACAAAUACCAGAAAAAUAAAACAGUCCGUUGAUGUGAGGUUACCCAAGUCCCUUGUUCCUCAGGUGUACAAUCUGGAAAUGAAGCCAAAUAUUUACUCUGGUAAUCCUUCAAACUUCACAUUCCAAGGGAAGGUUGACAUCCGAUUCUUAUGCCAGAAUUCAACUAGCAACGUCACCUUACAUAUCGUCAAACUGGAAAUCCUCGGCAGUAUCACUGUGAAAGAACUGGGGAUAAACAAAGCUAUUACAGUGAGAAACUUCGAAGAAAACAAAGAGAAAGAAUUCCUCGUUGUUUACCUAAAUGAAGAGUUGGAGGCUGGACAUCGUUAUAAAAUAGUGAUACAAUUCAAAGGGUCACUCCUUCCCGAUCUCAAGGGAUUUUAUUUCAGUUCCUAUGAAUAUAAUAACGAAACAAUAUAUCUUGCCACUACGCAGUUCCAGCCAACCAAUGCUCGAAAAGCUUUCCCAUGUUUUGAUGAACCAGCACUGAGAGCUAAAUUCAACGUUGUGUUGAUCCGGAAGAAAAAUAUGACUGCACUCUCAAAUCAACAAAUAUUACGUACAGAACCACGGUAA